CCCAGAAAAAAAUGUCCGGCAAAACCAUUUCAGCACGGAUUGACAGCAGAAUGCCCAAGACGUUCCGCCCGCGUGCCGUCCCGCAAAAACCGCCCGCCGCCCGCUGCCAUUCGGCCGAGGUCAGCUGGACGAACAGCACCGCCGUGGACCACCGUCGACCUCGGACGGCAGCGCCCGGUGAAACGUCGGCGUCUCCGCCGAAGCAUUGCCACCGGUUGGGCCACGUUCCGGCGUACCUGCGCCGGAGUCAAGCCUCGUCGAUGGACGGGUCAGUGAGCAAGCUGGCAGGGAAAGAGCAGGAACGGAAGCCGACGGUGAUACCGCUGGUUCACAAGCUGGGGUCGAUUCCGGCCUAUUUGAGGACGAACCGGUCGUCUUCGGCUGGCGAAGAUCGUGAGGCGAAACCAGUUCAGAAGGGAAUGGUUACGAAGGACAAGAAGGCCACUUGCAGUAGUUCUGAGCAGAAUCUGGUUUUAGAAGAGGUUAGGAGUUUGCGUCAAGACCUCCGGCGGAGCAGUUCCAUUGGACUCUUCAUUAGUCCGGUAGAUCAAUCAAACGUAAUCAAACGACUGCAGCAAAAGUUGCUCAAAUCUAGGACGAUUAUCACAUCUUUAGAGAAAACGAUUAGAGUUCUCCAAGAGGAAAAUAAAAAACUAAAUUGUAUUGUGUAUGUAAGACUGACCCAAAUAAAGCAGAAGCAACAUGUUGAAGGAUCGGUCGAGGGAGUUCAAAAUAGAAUCUUGAACUUGCAUGAAGCGGAACUGGGCGAGGAUCUUCGAAGAAAACUGAAAUCGAACUGA